UCCCUGGUGCCACCACCCGAGCUGGACCUGACCGGGGACAACGUCACCGUGCGGCCGGUGCACGGCAGCGUGGUGGGAGAGAGGUUCUGCUUCCAGCCACAGGACAACUGCGAGCGCCUGGAGCUCUCCCUGACCCUUUGGGUCUACGAGGGCCGUGACCUCCCGGCGCGGCGCCGCCUGCGCUGCCACCUCCACCUGGACGGCGCCGUCUUCGCCCGCACCACGGCCAAGCCGGCCGGCGCCGACGGCCAACUCUUCUGGGGCGAGCUCUUCCACUUGGCCGCGCUGCCGCCGGCACGCGCCCUCACCGUCGCCCUGUGCCGCGACGACCACCCCGGCUGGCAGCCGGUGGCCGCUGUCACCAUCCCGCUGGCCGAGCUGGCGGCGGCAGGGCAGCCCCUGGAGCGUUGGUACCCCCUGAGCGGCGGCGGCGGCGAGCGGGCGCCGGCGGUGCGGCUGCGCGGGCGUUACCGCCAGGUGAGGGUGUUGCCCAUCGUGCGCUACAAGGAGUUGGCGGAGUUCAUCACCUUCCACUACCGGGAGCUGUGCGGCCGCCUGGAGCCGGCCAUCGCCGCGCGGCACAAGGAGGAGCUGGCCGGAGCUUUGGUGCGCGUCCUGCAGAGCACCGGCAAGGCCAAGUCAUUCCUGAUCGACCUGGGCGUGGCCGAGCUCGACCGCUUCGACGAGCACGAGGCCCUGAUCUUCCGCGAGAACACCUUGGCCACCAAGGCCAUCGAUGAGUACAUGAAGCUGGUGGGGGCCAAGUACCUGCAGGACACGCUGGGGGAGGUGGUGGCCCAGCUCUGCAGCUCCGAGGAGAGCUCCGAGGUGGAUCCCAGCAGGUGCUCGGGGCUGGAGCUGUCGGAGCACCAGCAGCACCUGCGGCAGGUCUGCGAGGAGACCCUGCGGCGCAUCACCGACGGCUCCGAGUCGUUCCCGGCGGAGCUGGGCGAGGUGUUUGCGGCGUGGCGCGAGGCGUGCGCGGCGCGCGGCAAGGCGGCCAUCGGCCAGCGCCUGGUGUCGGCCUCGCUCUUCCUGAGGUUCCUCUGCCCGGCCAUCAUGUCCCCGAGCCUCUUCGGCCUCGUCCAGGAGUACCCCGGCGAGGCCACCGCCCGCACCCUCACGCUGGUGGCCAAGGUCAUCCAGAACCUGGCCAACUUCACCACCUUUGGCGAGAAGGAGCCCUACAUGACCUUCAUGAACGCCUUCCUGGAGCAGAACUGGGCCACCAUGACCGAGUUCCUGCAGGCCGUGGCCACCCCAGAGGCCAGCGCCCACAUGGCCACCUACGAGGGCUACGUGGACCUGGCCCUGGAGCUCGCCACGCUCCACCUGCUGCUCUGUGACAUCUUCUCCAGCCUCGACCAGGCCACGCAGGAGGAGCUGGAGCCGCUGCCCACCAUCCUCAGGGCCAUCAGGGAGGGGACACGUGUCCCCGUGUCUGUCCGCCUCAGCUCCACCGCCAGGGGAAGCCCCUCGGAGCCCCCCAAGCCGGGCUUUGUCCCCCCGCGGGACCUGGGCAAGCACAGCCCCCUCAUCAAGAGCCAGUCCCUGACCAGCGUCCGGCGCCUCCGCGGUGGCCGCGAGGAGGGGACGGCGACAGGGACAGACCCGGAGCCGUCCCCGGAACCGUCCCCGGUGCCGCUCCCGGUGCCGGCCCGGCGCCGCCGCAACGUCCAGCGCACCCAGAGCGUGCCAGCCCAGGGCAAGGCCGGGCCGGGCAGCGCCGGCCACGCGGCCGAGGUGACAACGCCCGAGGGUGGCACCGGGUCACCCGCGCCCGGCGAUGGCCCGCCCCGGGGGAAGCUGCGCUCGUCGGCGUCGCUGCCGCGCAAAUCCGCGGUGCCGUGGCAGCGCCUGGCCGAGGACGCGGCGGCCCCGGGCGAGCUCUACGCGCUGCGGCCGCUCGAGAAG